AUUAAUCAUUAUUUUUUGAAAAAAUAAGACCUCAACCUAAAUCAUGGGAAAAGUUCAUGGAUCACUUACCAGAGCUGGUAAAGUUAGAAAUCAAACCCCAAAGGCAGAGAAGCAGGAGAGAAGAAGAAAGCCAAUCACUGGAAGAGCCAAGAAGAGACAGCAGUACAACAAGAGAUUCCUUUCAGAGGAAGCUCAGAAUCCAAGAAGAAAGGGACCCAAUGCUGGAUCUGGAAGAAAAUAAUCACCUUUUAUAAGGUUCUCCAACCAAUUUUCUCUUUUAUUUUAAGGUUCUAGAUUGGCUCU